UAAAAGGAGGCUUCAGAGGGCAUCAAGAGGUCGCGGUGGAAGUCGGGACAGCGGCGGAGCGCAUUAAUGUCUGCGCACUCGUAAGCAAAGUGCGUGUCCCCUGUGUGUCCGCUUCGGGUUGCCCGUUUUUGGAAUGCACCGCACGGCAUCUGCGCUUGUGUUGUUUGCGAGGAAGACCGUUUAGUUUCAAACUCCGAGCUUUUCUGCGCUAGGGUUUGUCGUCGUCAUUUUCGUCAGCGUUCGUUUCAAAACCAGUCCGAGCUUGCUUCAUAUUAUCGAUGCAUUGAUAGUCAGCUAGCUCGCUAGCUAGCAAGACGGCUAGCCCAUACGGUGGCUCCUAGUCUUAGCUAGUCAGGUAGCGAACUAGCUGAAUAAGUAAAAGCCGAUAAAGUAUCCUGUUAGUUCGCAGAGUGCUGUAUAUUGGCUGUUUUAUAAUCCUUAGUUAGUUAGUUAGCUGGCUGAUUGAUUGUUGAGGGAAUUAUUUUUUUAAAAAGAAGAAGCGGUAACACACGUGGGAGAGGCCGGAGAGAGAAGGACGGAGGAGAAUCAGUGACGCCAGGAGCGGCCGAUGAAUUCAGACCAGGGCGGAGAGCCGCUGCAGGAGGAGGCCGAGCCGGGACUAAAAGCCCGCGGGGAGGCUGAGCCGGGACCGAGAGCCUGUGAGGAGGUCGGGGCUGCAGAGUCGGGCAGUAUGGUGACCUCGAAGGGAGCGGGUCUGAACCCUAAUGCCAAAGUGUGGCAGGAGAUGCCCUCAGUACCCACUGAGGCUCCUGUGGAUGGUACCGAAGCUUCCCCAUGGUCCCAGUCGAACAUAACUGAAGAAUCUACUGGAUGUAAAGCAUACACACCUGGCUUCCCAGUUCUCAUGGACAACAGCACCACGGCCACAGCAGAUGGUGUCGUCAACGGCAUGGACCCCUCUGACCCAAACCCUCUGACUGGGUGUAAUGAAUCCAAACUGCCUGAAGAUCAGCCUCUCUCUGCAGAAAGCUUGCGUGAGUCUCUGAAAAAAGAGCUGGAAUUCUGCUUCAGCAGGGAGAACUUAUCGAAGGAUCUUUACCUGAUUUCUCAAAUGGACAGCGACCAGUUUGUGCCAAUUUGGACUAUUGCCAGCAUGGAAGGAAUUAAAGUUCUUACCACUGAUCUGGAUCUUAUCUUGGACGUUUUGAGAUCAUCUCCUAUGGUUCAAGUGGACGAAAAAGGGGAGAAAGUGCGGCCAAAUCACAAACGCUGCAUCAUCAUCCUGCGUGAGGUUCCAGAAACAACCCCUGUGGAGGAAGUGGAGGCCUUGUUCAAGAACGAGAACUGUCCGAAGGUCAUUAGUGUGGAGUUUGCGCACAACAAUAACUGGUACAUUACAUUCCAAUCGGAUACGGACGCUCAACAGGCAUAUAAAUACUUAAGGGAAGAAGUCAAAACAUUUCAGGGAAAACCCAUCAUGGCCAGAAUAAAAGCCAUCAAUACCUUCUUUGCAAAGAAUGGCUACCGCAGCCUGGACUGCAGCGUUUAUCAGCAGCAGUCUCACACGCAGUCCCAGUACAGCUCGCCGCUCUUCAUGCAGCCUAUAUACAACCCCCAGCAGCAGUAUCUCUACGGCAUUGUCCCUCCCACCUGGACUCCAUCUCCAACUCCGUACUUUGAGACUCCUCUGGCACCUUUUCCUAACAGCGGGUUUGUCAACGGAUUUGGCACAGCUGCACACUACAAAACUGGUUCAAAUUCUCUCAACAUUGGCCGCCCUUUCAACAGAAACCGUGUCCCACUCUAUUCAAGAAAGAAUGUAAUAAAUGCCUUCAGGAACCACGUGAAGCCCCAGACGAGGGUGAAUGACGGACUGGCCUCCACUGUCCCCCCUGUGUCUGUGGUGGACGGGCUCCGCAGUCCACAGCCUCCUGCCAGUAGUAACUCAGUACUGGCCACCUCUGAGCUGAGCUCCUCUUUCCCUCACCUGACCACCUCCGCUGAGCCAAACGAUGACGGCACCAUGGCCGGAAGAGGACGGAGGAAUACAUACAGAGCGACUCGGAGGAGGAGAGAGGACGAACGAACCACAAGGCCAGUUCCGCUCACUGAAGUUAAGGUUUCACCACCUAAAUUUGACCUGGCUCCUUCCAAUUUCCCUCCGCUCCCUGGAUGCUCAGGCAGCCCGCAGGGAGAGCCAGUGUUGGAGAACCGCAUGUCUGACGUGGUACGGGGUCUCAACAGAGAGAAGCAGUCAGACUCGAACAAAGAAUCCACUGUGAGUGCUGCUGCUCCGGCCUCUGAGGAGACGGUCCCCAGACCUGCACUGACUGCAAGCAAACCCACAGUUCACGCUGCAGAUCCUGCUAGCUACAGUGCAAGCGCAACCCCUCAGGACAAGAAACUGGAUAAAACUGAGCCCUUGGUCCAUAAAGAGAUGCCCGUGAACCCAAGCACCACCUCAGCCAUUCCACCGACUUCGGCUCAGCCUGCUCCUGUCUCAAAGACUCCGCCGAGUCCUGCCAACCCUGCAGCCCCACAGGCCAACGCUGGCCACCCCGGCCCCGCCCCACUGGAGCCUCGGAAACUGAGCUAUGCUGAGGUGUGCCAGCGGCCCCCCAAGGAUCCCCCACCACCUCCUCCUCCACCACCUGUGGUCAGCCCCAGUCCCACCAGCUCUACCUCGCAGCCUCUGAGGGAGCUGCGCGUCAAUAAGGUCGACGAGCAGUCGGGCAACAGCGAGAGGCCCGAGCGGCCACAGGAGCGUGGUGGGGACUGUAAGAGCAGAGAGGGCCGGCCGACUCGUGAUUCACAGGGCUUCUACCGCAGCAACGGCCCUCCCAGAGCCAGCACGGGGGGGUUCAAACUCCGCGAGCAGCAAAGGCGUCCUCAGUUCACCCGUCGCACAUCGCCCCAAGGAGCCUCCAGACACACUGGCAAAGAGCAGAACAUCCCCCCUAUAUCGCCAAAGUAAAGACUUGACUAAAUCCUUAAUGUAUGAAUAUAUAUAUAUACAUAUACAUAUAUAAAUGAAUAUAUAUAUAUAAAGAGAUGAAAUAUAAGAAGUUUAAAAAUCUAAAAUAGCCACCUCGUUUGCCUGGAGCACAUCCACAGGAAAAUCUCAUGAAAUGACAAUGCACAGACGGAGACGUCCUGGUGUAUGGGCAGGGGGGAAAAAUGGAAGCUAGUUCAAAGCUUGUUGAAGGAAGUCAUCAAAUAGGAAAAAGUGCGCUUCUAAACUUGACAAUGCCCCUUCAGAAUGUAACUUUAUUUUUUUGCUUUCUUUCCCCACUUCCUUGACGAGGGCAUUUUUACCCAGGAGGUGGUGGGCCCGAGAGCAUCAUAACAGCUGAGUGCUCAGUGCUGCUGUUGAGCUGAAACAAUAAUGGCAGUCUGCAAAGAACAUAUGCACUAAGAAGAAAAGGAACAUGCAUACUGGCAUGUACCUAUACAAAGAUAUCACUUUGACAUGCAAGGAUUCUACAAAAUUUUUUUUUUUUCUUCCUCUUUUGGUUUUUUUUUUUUUUUUUUUUUUGACCUCCAUUCGCAUUUGCAGGUGACUGGGAAUGCGAUGUGAUGGAGUGAGUGAGAUGUACAUGAACUUUGCUCUUUGAAUGGAAGGAUGUAUUUUGCAGUAGUGUUGACGAAUCAGUUUUGGGUUUUCAAUCCCAUUUAGAAAAUGCAACGCCCGCUUGAGUGGAUUGGCAGAUAGCUAGGAACAGCAGUGAGGCUUGCUGUUACUCUGGAAUUUUGCAUCAUUUUUGUGUGACAUGGCUGAUCUAAGCUCCUCGAAUCAGAAGAGCUGCUGUUUAGAAACAUGUAAAAGAUGCGUUGGCUUGUGGAGCUUCAGUAAUUAUUCAUAUAAAUCACUUAAAGAGGUCAGAGCCUGCCAAUUAUAAUGCUGGAUCACUGGUUUGCUUUUAUUUCCUUCCUUCCUCCCCCUCUCUCUUUAUUUUCUUUAAUUAUUGUUUAGUUAGAUUUGUGUAACCAACAGCCUGUGAAAGAUCACAAUAUCAGUCAGGUACAUAGACACUCAAGUAUUUUGUCAUCUCAGUUGUUUUUGUUUUUUGUUUAUUCUCCCAAAAUGGCUUCUGAGCAAGCCUGUUUUUCCUGAUGAUCAGUCAAGUGCUUGACUGUGUUUACAAGUCUUGGGCUAAGAGGCAGAGGUGAAGCUGCUUUUGGUUGCAUUUUGGGCGACACUAUUCUUAAUCAGGACCCUUACUAUAAUGAUUAGUAGCUAUUGUGCUUAGGUAUGUGAUAGUGAUUUUAGGCCAGGAAACCCCAAGGCCUGUUUUAUUGACUAGUGAUCUCACUAUGCUGUAUUGUUUCAGCUGUACAGAAAUGGGUUGAUUUCACUGUACAAAACAUUUUUCAAUUGGUUUAAAUUGUGGUACAUCCUAAAACGGUGAAUGUUUUUUGGUUCGUUCCUCCCAUCCUUGAGAUACAGUGCAAAGCACAACGGAUGCAGGAUGAAAGGCUGAAAGUAUGAUUUGUUGCUCUUCAAGCACACUCUUGUGAUUGUGCACAAAUCCUGUUUCAACAAUUGUGGUUUUUUUUUUUUGUUUUGUUUUUUUUUUAAAAAUGGAUUUGGGUUUUGGGUGAGUAUGGAGAUCAUAUUACUUUUCUUUCCCUGGUGAAAAUAAGUGAGACAUUUAGUGCAGGCCAUUGAAAUGUUAAAUGAUUGAAAUCACAUCUCUCAAUUAUAUUUUUUUUAAUAACGCUUGGAGGGUUUUUUUGUUGUUGAACCUUGUUGCAUAUUGAUGAUCUUGGGCAUUUUAUCAUACACCAGAGUCAUUUCAUGCAAUUUUGGAACAUCAGCAAAACCUUUUAAGAAAUCUCUCUACAUGCUUAUUGUGUCCUCCUUGAUUAUCCCACAAAAUGGAAGACUCGUCUUGAUAUUUAGAUGGUUUACAUCAGUAACUUUGACACAAAAAAAAGGCGUGCUCAGAUCUGGAUUGACUUUUGCUCUUGGCUUCUGUACCAAAACACACACGAGUUCCUUUUGUGUGUGAGUAUCCGCUCCUGGACGAUGACUUUGUCGCAUGUGCUUUCCAAAGCAGCAACUCCGUCACCACCAGAAAGCAAAAGGAGGUGGAAAAAUGAAGCAAUGUGAAAGUGAACUGGCGCUGUUCGUUCAAAAUUGUAAUCAGAGGAAGAUACAGUAUUGCUGUUCAAUUCAUUGUAAGUACUGUGGGUUUUGUGUUUUGUUUUUUUUGUUUGUUUUUUUUGUUUUUUUUGGGGGGGGGGGCGUUUGUUUUUUUUAAUUGAAUUUUUAAGUUUAUUUUAAUCCUCCUCCCUUUCCCUCCUCACCCUCCCCAGUCUUUGUAGGCCAUGUUCCUGACUUGUGUACAAAACGACAUUGGGAGAGAAUCACAGAUUUAACAUUUGUAUAUUUUUGAGAUCUCAGCAAAGAAAAUACUUGACGCGUUUACUAGAGGCUUAGUAAUGCAGUAAAUAAAUAACGAAUCACUGGGGCUUUUAUUUUGUUUGUUUUUUUUCUUCUUUUCCUUUUCUUUUCAUUAAUGGAUUUGAGCAGCUAGUGGUUUAGUGUAAUGGAACAAAAUGCACUAACUUGUUUAAUAAAAAAAAAACUUACUGUUGAUGUAAUGUGAAAUCAUAUUAGAAGCAUACGAUAAUGACAUUGAUGUCGAGCGGCUUGCAGAAAUCUACAGGAAUAGCAUUCUCUUUAAUGUUUGGGUUGUCACUGUUAAUUGGUUUUAGGGCUGCUGUGGCAAAGGGAAGAAUUAAUAUAAUGGAUUGAAAGUGUUUGGAGACAGUACAUUCUUGCUGUCUGCGUAAAAUGUCAUUAAAAAAAAUAAAUUAUUUUGUUUUGGCCUUGGA